AUGCAUGCGACAGAAGCAUGCGAGUCCUUGAUCAAUGGACUUUCCUUCCUAGCUGUCCUAGCUGUCUCCGCCGUCCGGCAUGCUUCGCGCUACCACAAGCUCCGCCGUCGUCUUCCCCAACUCUUCCUGCUCAUCUUUGUCCUCUGGAGUACAGCAGAUGUCCUUCUUGUCCACCGACACUUCCAUGAAGAGCAAAUUCACCUAGAUUACAGACCCCCUGAGCGACAGCGAAUAUUCAUCACCAGCGUUUUCUGGGACAAAGAGCGGACCCUCCCAAUUCAGUGGAACAAUGCGGUCGUCGAGUUAGCCAAUGUUUUCGGAGCCGACAACAUAUUUGUCAGUGUGUAUGAGAGCGGGGGCAGUUUUGGUACAAGGGAUACUCUGCGCGAGCUCGAUGGUGCAUUGGAGAGUGUAGGGGUACAGCGAAAAAUCACAAUUGCCGACCCAUCUCCAGACAAUGAAGCGCUGAAGAACCCGUCAGCUGACCGGAAGCACAUCGCUGCCAGUGCGCGACUGCGAAACCUGUCUCUGAAGCCUUUAUAUGACCUUCGAGAUGCUGGCACGUUCUUUGACCGAGUGUUGUUUUUAAAUGACGUCGUCUUUACGAAAGAGGACGUGCUUUCCCUUUUGAAUACCAAUUAUAACACAUACACAGCCGCUUGCUCUUUCGACAUACUGUGUCCUCCGUCCGACUCCGACGCACUAGCCAUCCGAGACGCGGACGGACAUGAGACCGUCAUGCAGAAAUGGCCCUUUUUUCGCUCCUCCAGGUCCAGGGAAGCUAUGAAGUUUAUGCUGCCGGUUCCUGUCAGAAGCUGCUGGGGUGAUAUGGUCUUUAUGGGAACAGAGGAAAUCUAUUCAACUCGGCCGUAUCAGUUUCGGACGGUACCCGAUGGCCUAGCAGAUAGACACGUUGUGGCUUCCGAAUCCUGCCUGAUUCAUGCGGACAAUUAUAUCUCCAAACGAAGGGGUGUUUACCUAAAUCCCUUUGUCCGGGUUGGAGAUAAUGCAGCGGCCAACUCAGCGCCUCGCCCUCAAGGUCACUGGUUGUCAACCUGGGAAAUACUAGAGUCCAUCUGGGAGAACCGACUUCGUCGCUGGUUUAGCUCCCCCUUUUUGAAAGGAUGGUCUUUGCAAAGCCGAAUCGCGGAAUGGAAGAAGGAAGAUGAGAACAAUAAAGAACGCGGUGAUUUCUGCCUCACUUACGAGAUCCAGGCCGCGGGAACAUGA